CAUUGAUCUGACUCGAAUUUUUUGCUGAUCGAUUCAUCUUUGCUCUGCACGCCGACGAUCAGGCUCUCCUGAUUUAGGCGAUACCCUUUCGACUACGCUCCUGCGACGCUGCUCAUUGGCGACGCGAUCUUGUUUUAUAUCUCGCACCUACUCUGCCAUGUCCAAUACCAUCGAGCUCGCACAGACUGCGAAACGAGACUACCUCAUCGACCUCGAGAAAAAAUACCAGGGAAAAUGGCAGGCAGAAAAAGCUUUUCGAGAACUUGCCGGCUUGUCCAAAGAGCAAAUACAUGAAAAGUUCCCCAAGUGGUUCGGCAACUUUCCCUAUCCCUACAUGAAUGGCUCUCUACAUCUCGGACAUGCGUUCACCAUCAGCAAAAUCGAGUUCGCUGCUGGCUAUCAGCGUAUGCUUGGAAAAUGCGUCCUGUUCCCCCAUGGUUUCCAUGUCACCGGUAUGCCCAUCAAGGCUAGCUCGGACAAAAUCAUCCGGGAGAUGAGCCUUUUUGGCACGGAAUUUGAAAACUUUGAAGAGGUCCAGGCCAAAUUAGAGGCCGAGAAGGAGGCUAAAGAGAAGGAGGAGGAAGUCAGGGAUCCCGCUGCUGCCGACAAGUCCAAGGCGAAGAAGGGCAAGCUGCAGGCAAAAUCCACUGGCCAUACAUAUCAGUUCCAGAUAAUGGAGAGUAUUGGAGUACCCAAAUCUGAGAUCAGCAAGUUUGCGGAUCCAUUGUACUGGCUGGAGUAUUUCCCUCCUAUUGCAAUCCAGGACAACAAUGCUUUUGGUUCGCGGAUCGACUGGAGACGCCGUUUUUUGACGACGCAGGCGAACCCAUACUAUGAUGCAUUCGUGAGAUGGCAAGUUAACAAGCUGCAUAAACAGGAUAGAAUCAAAUUUGGAGAGAGGUAUACCAUAUAUAGCGAAAAGGAUGGCCAACCAUGUAUGGAUCAUGAUCGUCAAGAUGGCGAGGGUGUGGGCCCGCAGGAGUACACAGGCAUCAAGCUCGAGGUCCUAGAGUGGGCACCGAAUACAGAGGUCAUUAAAAGCAAGGUUGGAGGAAGGAAGGUGUAUAUGGUAGCGGCGACCUUGAGACCGGAGACGAUGUACGGCCAGACCAAUUGCUUCGUGGGUACCGCCCUCAAGUACGGCGUGUAUGCAGUCAACGAUACAGAAGCAUUCCUAUGCACGCACCGCGCUAUGAGGAACAUGAUAUUCCAAAAAAUUACCAAAGAACAUGGCGUUCUCGAGCAACUUGCAGAAGUAGAAGGUCGGGAUCUCAUUGGCACCAAAGUGAGCGCUCCGUACAGCGUCUACACCCAGGGUGUCUAUGUCCUACCGAUGGACGGCGUCCUAGCCACCAAAGGUACUGGCGUAGUCACCAGCGUCCCCUCCGAUUCUCCUGAUGACUGGGCCACCGUCGCCGAUCUCAAGAAAAAGCCCGAGUACUAUGGCGUCAGUCCUGACUGGCUAGCAGGUCGAGAAGCCGUGCCGCUAAUUAAGACGAGCUACGGUGAUAUGGUUGCUGCCGAGGUUGUCAAGAAGCUGAAGAUUAAUAGCCAGAAGGAUACGAAGCAGCUCGCCGAGGCGAAGGAAAUUGCGUACAAGGAGGGCUUUUAUGGCGGUGUCAUGCUCGUCGGUAAAUAUAAGGGCGAGUCGGUCCAGGACGCUAAGCCAAAGGUGAGGGCGGAUAUGAUUGCUGAGGGUCUUGCGUUUGCGUACGCUGAGCCCGAAGGUGUUGUUAUCUCGAGGAGUGGUGACGACUGUGUUGUUGCGCUGAUGGACCAGUGGUAUAUCGAUUAUGGUGAACCUGCCUGGCGGGCCGAGACGGAGAGGCUGGUCGCCAGAAUGGAGAUGUACACACACGAGACGAGGAACGCGUUUGAAAAGAUAUUGGCCUGGCUGAACAAGUGGGCUUGCGCUAGGACGUACGGACUUGGUUCGGAUUUGCCUUGGGAUCCUCACUUCAUGGUCGAGAGUCUAAGUGACUCCACUAUCUACAUGAGUUAUUAUACUGUAGCGCAGUUGCUGCAUGAAAACAGUAUCGAUGGCUCGAAGCCGGGUCCUCUAGGCAUUAAACCCGACCAGAUGACAGACGAGAUUUGGGAGUACGUCUUCUGUGACGGUCCUUGGCCCAACCCCGCACCUAUGCCCCAGGAAAAAGCCGACGCCUUAAAGCACGAAUUCAACUACUUUUAUCCUUUCGACAUACGGUCGUCUGCGAAGGACCUUAUUGGCAAUCACCUGACUUUCGCGUUGUACAAUCACGUCGCAAUCUUCCCCGAGGACAAGUGGCCUUUGAGCAUGCGCACAAAUGGUCAUCUAAUGCUGAAUGGAAAGAAGAUGAGUAAGAGUACCGGAAACUCUCUGACUCUCAGGGAGGCAACGGAAAAGUUUGGCGCAGAUGCGACACGGCUCAGCUUGGCGGACGCUGGUGAUAGUAUGGAAGAUGCGAACUUCGAAGAGAAGACAGCGAACGCUAACAUCUUGAGGGUGCACACCUUACUAGGAUGGUGCGAGGAAAUGAUAAAGGAGGAGAAGAACCUACGCCACGGCGAGAAGUUGUAUCACGACCAGGUGUUCGAAGAAGAAAUCAACGAGCUGAUCAACAUUACACGAAGUCAUUAUGAAGCAACCAACUACAAAGACGCCCUAAAAUAUGGCUUCUACGAGCUCCAAAGCGUGCGGGAUUGGUAUCGAGAAGUCACCGUCGACACGGGAAUGCACGGUGAUCUUGUCAAGUACUGGAUUAAAAUCGCCUCCCUGCUCAUCGUUCCCAUUGCACCUCACUUCGCUGAACACAUCCACUCUGCGAUUCUCAAGAACCCGACGUCCAUACAGCUAGCCCUGUGGCCUACUCCCUCGAAACCUGUUGAUAGGACUCUCAUCGAAGCGGGGCAAUACAUGCGCGGCACAACCAAAAUGAUUCGAGAUGCUGAGACGAGUUUAUUGAAGAUGCUUGCCAAGUUGAACAAGGGCGGGAAGGGGGGCAAGUCUCAGCAGCAAACCUUUGACCCGAAGAAGCCAAAGAGUGUUAGGAUUUACGUGGCGAAAUCUUUCCCUGAGUGGCAGGACACGUGUGUUGGCAUCUUGCGGGAGGUCUAUGACGAAAAGUCGGACAAGUUCGACGAUGCUAAGGUCAAGGAACUGUUAAUACAAAAAGGGCUGAUUAAGGACAAGAGGGCAAUGCCGUUCAUACAGGGUUUCAAGAAACGCAUACAACAGUUUGGCGCAGAGAUAGCAUUCCAUCGCACCUUGCCAUUCUCUGAGAGCGCGAUCCUGGCAGAGAUGUUGUCAUAUCUGAAGAAAACCCUUUCCUUAGUUGAUGUUGAUAUUUUGAGCGUUGAGGAGGCGCUAGAGAAGCAAGAGGAGGCUGGCUUCACGAAGAGCAUAAUAGAGUCGUCGGAGCCAGGAUGCCCAGCAUUUGAGUAUCGGAAUGUAUAGGGGCUGU